AUGUUCAAGCAAAUCGUGGCAGUGGUUCUGUUGUUUUCGGCUGUUGUCCAGGGGUUGGAAAUUAUCCAAUGUUCCAACAAUCGUCCGGCACCGCAGGAAGUCAUCAUACCGGGAUGCAGUAGCCUGCCGUGCUCGGUUCCAAACCAGUCGAACUUUAACUUUAGCGUGCGGUUCGCUCCGACCUUCCCCACCAACUCGCUUACCGUCGAUGUGCGUGCUUCGCUGUUGGGCCUUUUCCUACCGUACGAGGUGCCCGAGCAUCUGCGCAAUGGUUGCAACAACAUCAACACAUCCUGCCCACUAACUGCCGGACAGGUCGUAACGCUCACGGGUACCGCACCGGUCGAGGCUCCACUGACCGGUGUAACGGUAACGAUGGAAUUCGAAAUUACCGGCGACGGUGGCCAGGUAGCCGUUUGUUUUGCCGCCACCGUGACACUUACGUGA